CGUCUCUGCCACGAUCCUCUCCAGCCCCUCAUCGGCACCCUCUCCCCCUUCCCCAUCCCUCCCUCUCUGUCCUCUGUCGAUCUCCCAUCCCAUCCCGUCCCGUCCCUGAGCACAGCACCUCUCCCCCAUCCCAUCUGCAGCGUCGAGCCCCUCGUCCACAGCCAUGUUGUCCCAAUUCGUCAACUCUAUAAACAACUCCGGUCUGAUCCGGAAGGCCGACCUGCAGGGCUUGGCGAUGCGGCGAACUCCCUCUUCGCAGUAUCGCAAUCUGCGAGAGUAUUCUGACUCUAACAAUCCGUGGGACCCUGCCUCCUCAUCCAGCUCGCUUACCUCUGACUGGGACGAUCCCAACAGCGCCCCGCAGCAGCAUCCCGGCCUUCGAGAAAUGAUAGCUUCCAAGAAGGCUGGCUCGUCCGUCGGCACCGGCAGCACCACGUCGCCCAAGCUCAUCACCUCGCUGCCGCCAGACCUUGUCAUCCGCAUCUUUUCAUACCUGCAUGUCUCGGAUCUCCCAAAGGUUGCCUGCGUCUCGCGGCGCUUCAAGAUCCUUGUGUACAACGAUGCGGUCUAUGCGCCAAAGCUCAAAGCCCUUGGCUAUGUUAUCGAAGGACCCGAUACCCAGGCGGCGCUCGGCCAGACCAAGUCCGACGACUUGGUCGAUAUUCUCAACUCCCGGCUCCGCCAGUUGCCCGGCGGACAGUUCCUGCCCGGCAGCACACGAUACCUCGAGACCGGGACAAUGUGGGGCGGCAUCGCCGCUCCUUCGGGCGAUGGCUCGUCGAGCGCCGCAGCCGCAGUCUCUUCCAACGAGCCGCUGCCGACAAAUCCCCCUGAAAUUGCGAUUGAGCAGCCUGCACGGGAGGGCACCCCGGCACCGGUCAGUCCCGGCGGCGCCACGCCUUCUCAAAAGAUCACCUCGACCUUGCCCUCAAAGCCCUCGCCCAUCACUGUCGGUGCCGGUGGACUGAGGGCCAAGAGUCGCAACAGCAGCAACAUCACCAUCGGGAUGAGGCGGUCGACCUCGGGCGUCGCGUCGGGUGUCUCGUCAGUCUCCAGUAUUGUCGAUGGAUCGGCACGGGCCUCGCGCGAAUCGUUCAAGCAGAUCUACACAGAGCUCCUGCCAUACUUUAUCGACUUUCGGAAGAAGCAAAAGGACUCGAAGCUGUUCAAGGACUUUAAGGACAUCACCGACGUCGCCACCAUUCUGCGCCGCCUGCGGCUUUUCUCGCGGGCGAAAUUCCUCCCCAACUGCGACGACAUUGAUUUUUCUCUCGAGACGACAAUCGAGUGGUUCGAGUCCAUGGUCCUGGCUCAGUUCGACCGGGCUUACGAUACCAAGAGCUACGAGGAGAUGCGUCAGAACGCCAUGGCCUGCUUCAACCUCAACGGCGGCGCCUCGUGCGUGUCCCUCUUCGUGGCCAAGAACCCCAUCUUUUUCGACUCGACCUUCAACCCCUCCUUGAUCAACGAGGCGGCGCGGCUGCAGGUCAAUGGCAUCAAGGCCUCGGGCUAUGCCCUGGCCGACAACUUUGCAUCGUUCAUGGACCACCUGCUCAGCAACUCCCACGAGCAAAUCUUGGUCAUCUCCAAGGUUUUCCUGCCCCAAAUGGAUGCCGGCACGAUCUUCAUCACCAAGGUCUUUGAGGACUCGGUGUCUGAGUAUCUUAACUCGACUCUUGUUGCUGCUCGCGAUGGCGAGUCCACCGGAAUCUACCUCCACACCCUGGCGGCCACGGUUCACUGCUGCAGCCAGUAUGUCGAGUUCAUUUCCAGCAACGCGCAUGGCGUUGCGCUUCAGACCGAUAACUUGAAGCUCGCUGUGGCGGCCAUGUUCAAGCCGUAUGCCGAGACGUACAUAAAUCAGGAAAUUGACUACAUGCUCAAGGCUUUUGAGGGCGAGUUUAUGCGCUGGAAAAACAGGAAAAGCAAGGCCGGAAAGCCCACGUCUGACCCGAGUUACAUGACUGAUGUUGAACAGUCGGUCGCCCAUAAGCGCCAUGUGAUGCAGACCUUCAAGACGGUCCUGUUCGCACCCGUCGCCCUCACGAUGACGAUCGGCACAACGAUAGGUAGCACGGUACUUGGAAAGAAAUCAGCGCAGCCCCAAAGUGCCACUACGCCCGUUGCCGAAGUCACCGACGACGGGAAGGUCCGAUCGGUCACCUACCAUCUGGACGAUGGCUCCCUAUCGCGUCUGGUAUCGCUGGAACUUUCCUUGAACCUGAUUCACUUCAACAAGGAAAGCCUUGGCCGCGCAAUGGUCAUUACAGCGGCAACCGACUAUUCCAAGCUGAGGAUCAACAUCGAAAAGAUCUUUGUGAGGCUGCUCAAGGCCCUUGGAGAGAAGCACCUUAAACCUGGAUUUGUGGCGGCCACCGAUCAGCUGACGAUGGUUGUCGACGGCAAGACCCAGUCCGGCGCAACCGACUCGAUGGAAUUCUUCGAGCUGGUGCAUAUCGGCGACCUGAUCUCCCAGAUGGUGGAUGCGUACUACUGCGAGGAUAUUAAACCAUGGAUCGAUGAGGGUGAUUUCCUGUCCGAGAUCAUAAUGGAGAAGAAGGCCUUUGAGCGACUACUGGACGAUCAGGUGGCCGGUGGAAUGGACAAGUCGAUUCAGGCGCUGAUCAACCAGGCCGACCACAUCCUUAUCACCGAGCAGCUUCCGACGGACUUCAAUCCUGUCGGCGGCUUGGUCGAGCUGCGUCCAACGAAGGCGUGCGAACAUGUAGUCGAGUGUUUCAAUGCAUACGCCAAAGCCCUCAAUGGCGUGACCGAGAAACACACGGUCGAAGUAUUCUUCAGCGAGCUUGCUGUCCGCUUGUUUGCCGUCAUCAUCAAACACAUCAAGCGGCAUCAAGUCAGCCAGUCCGGCUCGAUCCAGCUGAUGUGCGACCUGAACCGCUACUACGAGUGGUCAACCUCGCUCCGGGUCUCCAGCGUGUCCAAAGUGUUUAUUGUCCUCAAGGAACUCGGCAAUCUCUUCAUGGCGGAUGGCGAGGUCGAACUGAAGACCCUCGUCUAUGACUCGUCGCGAUGGGGAAACAAUCUGCGUCUGGAAGAGAUAUACGAGCUGCUGGCGUCGCGGACAGACUACAAGAAGAUACAGAAGUACGUCGAGUCCAAGGACUGCUGCAUACAGUAGCGGCACUGUGCUCUGCCAUGUGCUCUCCCUGUCUGCUCCAGGCUCGCUCCGCCUAGAACGGCAGCCAACGCCAGCGUCUGGAGCACCCGACUUCGGACCUGCGAAUUUUUUGGAAGACUGCCUGUCCAUGGCUUCGGCUGCUUUGUGCCGAUGGUCUCAGCUGCUCGAUGUCCCAAUAGAGUGUCCGCGAAUUGAACCAAGAUUUGCCGUAUCCAUAGCCAAAUGCAGGGUGAGAUAGCCUGGGCCAUUUUGCAAUAAACGCUGAUCACUGUGGC